AUGGUGGUCUUCAACGGGCAGCUGAAGAUCAAGAUCUGCGAGGCUCUGGACCUGAAGCCCACCGCCUGGUCCCUGCGCCACGCCGUCGGACCCAAGACGCAGACCUUCCUCCUGGACACGUACAUCGCGCUCAACGUGGACGACUCGCGCGUGGGCCAGACGUCCACCAAGCAGAAGACCAACAGCCCCGCGUGGAACGACGAGUUCACCACCGAGGUGCACGACGGACGCAGGAUCGAGCUGUCCGUCUUCCACGACGCGCCCAUCGGAUACGACGACUUCGUGGCCAACUGCAUCAUCCAGUUCGAGGACAUCCUGCACAACGGCAGCAAGCACUACGAGGAAUGGAUCGAUUUGGAGCCGGAGGGCAAAGUGUACGUCGUCAUCGACUUGUCUGGAUCUUCCAGUGAAGCGGCGCCGGCCUCGGCUGACAAUGAGGAGCGGGUGUUCCGGCAGCGGAUGCGUCCCAGGAAGCGGCAGGGCGCCGUCCGCCGCAGGGUCCACCAGGUCAACGGCCACAAGUUCAUGGCCACCUACCUGAGGCAGCCCACGUACUGCUCCCACUGCAGGGACUUCAUCUGGGGUGUUUUGGGAAAGCAGGGCUACCAGUGUCAAGUGUGCACCUGUGUGGUCCACAAGCGCUGCCACGAGCUCAUCAUCACAAAGUGUGCAGGGAUGAAGAAGCAGGACGACACAGUCGGGGAGCCGGUGGGCUCUCAGAGGUUCAGCGUCAACGUCCCGCACAAGUUCAGCAUCCACAACUUCAAGGUCCUGACGUUCUGCGACCACUGCGGCUCGCUGCUGUGGGGGCUGCUGCGCCAGGGCCUGCAGUGUAAAGUGUGUAAAGUCAACGUCCACAGGCGCUGCGAGAGCAACGUGGCGCCCAACUGCGGCGUGGACGCCAGAGGCAUCGCCAAAGUCCUGUCCGACCUCGGAGUCACUCCGGACAAAAUCUCCAACAGCGCCCACAGACGGAAAAAGCUUCCUCAGACUCCGGAUCCUCAGCAGUCGCUAUCAGGGAUUCCUCCGCCAGAGGACGACCGCUCCAGGUCUGCUCCCACGUCGCCCUGCGACCAAGAUGUGAAGGAGCUGGAGAACAUCCGGAAGGCCAUGUCCUUCGACCACCGCGGGGAGGAGCACAAGGCGCGCCCCCUCACGUCCUCGGCGUCCGUCGACGUCCACAAAGGAGGAGGGGGCGGGGCCAACAGCCUCAAAGCGGCGAGCGGGGGCAGCCAGGCGAACGGCGAGGUCAAAGGCCACAGCGUUCCAGAGGCCAAGCGGAUGAACCUGCACGACUUCGUGUUCAUUAAAGUUCUGGGAAAAGGAAGCUUUGGAAAGGUGAUGCUGGCCGAGCUGAAGGGCUCCGACGAGGUGUUCGCCGUCAAGGUGCUGAAGAAGGACGUGAUCCUGCAGGACGACGACGUGGACUGCACGCUCACCGAGAAACGCAUCCUGGCCCUGGCCCGGAAACACCCCUACCUGACACAGCUCUACUGCUGCUUCCAGACCAAAGACCGCCUGUUCUUCGUGAUGGAGUACGUUAACGGAGGAGACCUGAUGUUUCAGAUUCAGCGAUCGAGGAAGUUCGACGAGGCGCGGUCUCGUUUCUAUGCUGCCGAGGUCACAUCUGCCCUGAUGUUCUUGCACCGGCACGGCGUCAUAUACAGAGACUUGAAGCUGGACAACAUCCUCCUGGAUGCUGAAGGUCACUGUAAGCUGGCAGACUUUGGCAUGUGUAAGGAGGGAAUCCUGAACGGAGUCACCACCACCACUUUCUGUGGGACGCCAGACUACAUUGCACCCGAGAUCCUUCAGGAGCUGGAUUACGGCCCGUCGGUGGACUGGUGGGCUUUGGGGGUGCUGAUGUACGAGAUGAUGGCGGGGCAGCCUCCGUUCGAGGCCGACAACGAGGACGACCUGUUUGAGUCCAUCCUCCAUGACGACGUCCUCUAUCCAGUGUGGCUCAGCAAGGAGGCCGUGUCCAUCCUGAGAGCGUUCAUGACGAAGAGUCCGAACAAGCGCCUGGGCUGCGUUGUGGCUCAGGGUCUGGAGGAGGCCAUCAAGCUGCACCCGUUCUUCAGAGAGAUCGACUGGACGCUGCUGGAGCAGAGGAAGAUCCGGCCUCCGUUCAAACCUCGCAUCAAAACCAAAAGGGACGUCAAUAACUUUGACCAGGACUUCACCCGAGAGGAGCCCGUCCUGACGCCCGUGGAGGACAGCAUCAUCAAGCAGAUCAACCAGGACGAGUUCAAAGGAUUCUCCUACUUCGGGGACGAGACCGCCGCCUAGCACUUCCACACACAGCACGAGUACACAAAUCAACACACACAGUAUUUAACAAGCUCCUGAACUCCUCCCAGCGCUCCAGGAAUUAUACCCCACCAUUCGUGUUUCUCGUGUUUCUGUGCUGUUGUUCGUUCGAUCGUGCGCACCUCCAUCGGAUCGCGAGGAACGACCCCGGCGGUCCCGAAGAGGAACGCACACACACACACUCUCACACGGGCCGAAGUGGAUGGAGUGUGUGUGAGGAAAGAGAAAAGCUGAUGUGUGCAUGCAUGUGUCGUUUCUCUCCACGAAGUGCUGUAUCUCGUGUCCGUCUGUGUAUCUUCUUCCCUGACUGUGUAUGUGAACGGAAAAAAACCCAAAACGAAACAAAAAAAGCGGGAAUCAUUGAACCAAUGACUGUAUUUAAAGAUCAAACGGUUUUCAUUCAAGACUUUUCCGAUGAAAUUAUGACGACGUGAAGAUUUUAGUCUGAAUUUCUGCCAGUGUUUUGAAUCUGCGUUCACACCUGACGACUGCGUAGGAGUUCAACCUUCGGUCUGUGAUGCACUCAGUGUGAACACAUGCUAGAUUUCAGACUGGCAAAAUAAACGUUAGCUUCCGAAAAAGGCACCACUUUGGCAUUUUUGAGUUUGACGUCAGCUUUAUCUUAGCACUGUGACACCAUCCGCCUGUUCAACUUGUUAGAAGUUCUCCACAGAAAGCGAAAUGGUACGGUUAGCCUCCCGCUAACAGACCGGCCAGAUAUCAUCAAAGUUAUUAAUCCAGCCCUUUAACAAAAGAAAAAAAAAACUUAAAAAUGCAAUUUAAGUGUGUGUUAUUGCCACUUUUGUUUCACGGAUUCUCUUUAAUUUGCACCCUGGUCUUUCUCAUGUGGCUCCAUGCAGUCGGUGACUGCCGGGGAGUCUGGCUGGAGGUAAAUCGAUGUGGGUGACCUGUAAGAUCGCUAAAGCUAACUCCACCGGUGAUAUUCGUUGAAAAUACCAAAUAAUCCAGCUGAAGCAUUGACCUAACUUAAGAUAAUCUGCACCUCGGGCCCGUUUUUGAGCCUCACAGAUUGUAGCUACCUGCAGCGGCGCUAAUGCUAACUGCAAGUCGCCUGGAUCCUGUUUUAGACUCUUGAGAUGCUAAAGUUAGCCCAGUGUGCUAACGUUUGAGGAAAUUAGCAAGAUGAGACCAACCACAAUCGUUCUCCAAAGACCUUUACGACUGCAUUAUCCUUGAAGUGUGUGUGUGUGUACGUGUGUGCGCGCUGUAGCAUACCAAACCUACUGUCUGGACCACUACAAACCAAAAUCACUGCGAAGCAAAGAUCGUUUGUCAGCUAGCUCACCAGACCGAAUGUGUUCAAAAGAAUGUAUCAGCUCCGCAGUGUGUGUGUGUGUGUGUGUGUGUGUGUGUGUGUGUGUGUGUGUGUGCGCAUACAUACGCAAAGAGCUCUCAUGUCAUCAUGUUGUUCUGUGUGUGUGUAUUUUUUUCCCCCUCUAUUUAAAACACCUUUGUUUUUCAGUUGUGGGUGACUUGUUUUACUGGAUCGUCUUGUGCUUGCUGAUGUUUUGGGAAAACACUCUCGCAGUCAUAAAAGCGAACCUUCAUUUCAGCUGUUUCUCCUCCUCGUCUGUGCAGCCUGAACACGGACUUGAUAUAGGUUUAAAAAAGACAAACUUCUCAUAUGUCAAUCUUAUAGUGCAGUGAAAAGAUUCCUAACGUCUUCAGAGAAACACUCCACAUUUAAUAUACAUCAGAUCUUUUUUUUUUCUUGAGAUAUUUAUUUUUUAUGUUUUAAUCUUUUUUUUUUCCUCUGAUCUGUGAAGAAUACUUAAAAUGACCUUCAGAUAGAUUCAGUAUUCUUGAUAUUGACCUCAUGAGACCUGAAAGGAGCUCAAAUUUGACCAAUUUGGGUUUGAAAUAUGUACUAUUUUCUUUUUGAUUUCUGAAAUCCUGAAACAUUUCAAACAUUCUUUAAAAGAAUAGUUUUUAGGUGUUUGAGUCUGUCGCAAUCAGCCUGUAAUAUAUUUAUAUGCAUGAGUGAAGAAUCUGUAGGAAGUACUGAUUUAUGCAGCGAGUAUUCGAAGAUUCAUGGCGAGGCCACCUUAAUGUUUCUGCAGAAUUGGACAAAAUUUCUGAUUUCAAGAAGCUAGAUUGAAACAUUUCCUCUAAACCCAACAACAUAUAUUUGAAGAACACACGCUGAAGCUUCAUAGACCAGCUGAACCCCGCAGGAGAGUUACUUCCUCAUUACUCUGAAACCUAAUUAAUGUGGUGCUAAUUGUCAGUAGCAUUCAGCUAAUGUCAGCAGAUUAGCUCAAGUUAAAGGAAUUUCUACAUCAGGGUUUGAAUAAAGAAGUGCAGUUUCAAACGCUGAUCAAUAAAUCUGCAAAAAUACUGCCGCAAAAUGGUGGCUGAUCGGUGGUUCGAUCAUAUUGUUUCCACAAGUUUCACCUUUAAUUUUCAUUCAUUCACCAACUUCGGCGAACACUGAUUCUCACGUUGCUUACGAUCUGUGUGAAAAGCAUGUGAGAAUCAGCUCACCGUUCUUUUGCUUUUAUUUCCUAUCAUGAGCAGCGUUCUGUUGAAUUCCUGUCUUGGUUCGUCCUGAAUCUCAUCUUGUUUUUAGCCAGAAUAUUGGUUUCAUUUGACUUGAAUUUUACCACUUUUUUAAAUUUUGUUUUCUCACAUUUCAGCAAAUUGGAUUUGAAAAAGAACCCUUAAAGAAACACAGAUUAUUUACAGAUAACUUUUCUAAUAUAACUCGGAUUCAAAUACUUUUUUGUUAAGUUGCACUGCUUAAUGAAUGCUCACCGAUGCUUCACCAACUCCCCCUUGAAUGACCAUUUUCUUCAUGCUGUUUCUGUUUAAAGGUGAAAAAUAUUUGCUCGUUACACGAGUGUAGACACACUAAAGAAAAAAAAAAAGAAGAAGCCAGAAUCAGUAGUAAUUUCUGUGAUUUCUCAUUCAAGUAGCAGGAAAAAAAAAUGUAGCAGCAGAACGUGUGUUCAUUAUUCUCACGGAAACGGAUUGCAGUGUAGAUUUAGUGAUUGCGAGUGUCAUUUCAAAAGAAACGUGGACCAUAAAAGUCCCGUUAAUCCUCCGAGCUCAUGAUACGGUAAAAAAAAAAAAAAAGGCAGCAGCAACAAAAUACCUGAAACAGCAGCUAAAGUUGGCUAAAAAAGAGAGACGAGAGUGAAC